AUGGCACAAAGAGGAACGCGCAUAGGGCCGCUGCCUGGGGGUCGCCGGGGCGCGUCUGGAGCUGGCGCUGGACGCGGCAGCAUGCGGGCCGCCAGCCGAGCGCGAGGAGCUGCACGAUCACCUAGCAGCCCCUCGCAUCCAUCAUCCCCACCAGAAGGCUUGGUGUCGGCUGGGUCUUCUCGGACUCAGCAAGCGGCACCCGCCGCUGGUGGAGCACGUCGCAUGCGUUGGACAAAACCUAUGAAUGAAAACGCAUUGCGGGCGUACUAUAGGGCGAAAGGGGAAGAAACUGUGGGAAUAGCGUAUAGGUCUCGGAUGCAUUGCUUUUUUGCUGAGCUGGAGCCUUCUACCCCCGUCACGGAACAAAACCUGGCAGACCGAGUUCGGUACAUCAUGCGCUCGAAAAUAUUUGAUGAUGCCGAACUCGGACGACUACGACGUGAGGCUAUUCCGUCGUCGAAUGAAUCGGCUAUGGCUGGAGAUGCAGCUCCACAUUCGACAGACCAGCAUCCACACGUGGAAGCCGCCCUGGAUCUUCCCGUUGUGGUUGAUUCGAACGACGAUGAAAUAGUCUCCCACGAACUAGAGAAAAUGAGGAGUAUACUGGAAGAGGCGAUUUUGGAAACGCGCAGCACCCCUAUCGAAAAUCGACCGCGACUUCCCCGCAUACCCCUAAGCAAGCGAAAUCGGGCUGUCGUGAGGGCUCUUAACCCAAUGCUGGUGACCUAUUUGGAAGCCAGCCGGGACCUUUGCGAGACGGACUCAAUUCUCUUUGGCGCCGCAGUGGCAGUUUGCCGUAUUAUUGGCGCCAAACUUCCCAUGGCUGGACGCGCUACUACACAAAGUAGCGCCAUCCCAGCCUGGAGAAAAAGAAUCGAGGACCGUAUCGCAAAGGCAAGGGCCCUUAUCGGCAGACUGACAAGCUUCAGGUCGGGUAAUAAUAGACCGAGGAUUAUGCGCACCGUUAGGAUGGCGUUUGCUGGGACAAAUAUCAGUUUGUCCCAGCCGGAUAUCACGCAGAAACUAACGGAGCGCAUAGACGACCUGAAGCAAAAGAUCGCUGCUUGGGGGAAGCGGAUUCGACGAUUUACCGACAGGUCAAGGCGGUUCAACCAGAAUCGUCUCUUCCAGAGUGAUCAGAAGAGGCUCUAUAAAUCAUUGGAGCGGCCAAAGGUAUGUGGAGCGGGCCAAGGACCGGAUCAGGCAGACAUUAUCGCAUUCUGGCGUGGCCUGUGGUCAGAGCCCGUAAACCACAGCGAGGGCCCUUGGAUGGAAGUUGUGGCGAGCCAGGGUGCGAGUGUUACGCCUAUGGACCCCAUCACCGUAACGCCGGAAGACGUGGCUGAGGCGGUCCGUAGGGCCCCGAACUGGAAAAGUCCGGGGCUCGACGGGCUGCAUCAUUACUGGCUGAAGGGGUUCAUAGUGUGUCACGCUGUGCUCGCCCGACAGUUUCAAGAGGCUCUCGACCAGAAGUCGCUCCCGAGCCUCUUCACUACUGGGAUCACUCACUUGGUUCCUAAAGAUCAGGAUACCACAGACCCGAGCAAAUACCGCCCCAUCACGUACUUUAAAAUCAUGGUUGUCAAAGUUUACAUUAGUGGUAUUUCUGGUAACAAGGAGGUAAAAAAAAGACAACAACGAGUUUUGAUGAUCUUAGAUUCAAAAAACAUUAAAUACGAGAUCAUUGACAUCACGGAGCCCGGUAAAGAAGCUGAUAAGGAUUUCAUGCAAAACAAUGCUAAGUCUAACGGCGGCACUGUAAGUGACCCUAACCCACGUUCUCCACUGCCUCCACAAUUGUUUAACGAUGAAGAAUACUGUGGGGACUAUGACCAGUUUGACAUGGCCAAUGAAGUUGAUACACUAGAACAGUUUUUGAAAUUGGAACUUCCUCCAGAGGAACCGUCACAAACUGAGAAGGAAACUGCAGUCAAUGGUCAUGUUGAUGGAGGUAAGGCCAGUAAAGAAUCAAAGGAAAACUCUCAAGAAAGAGAAAAAAUUUCCAAUGAAACUGGAGAAAAGGAACUAUCUCCUACUAAAGAUGAAUCUGCCGUCAAAGCUAGUUCACUCACAAGGGAAGCCACGCCGUCAAGAGAAGAAACAUCUGAUGCACCUACCUCAGUUGAAAACGAAGAACACUCUGAAGCAAGAGCAAAUUCCCCAGCAAAUGAAACCUCACUUGAGAAGGAAAAAUCGCCAGAGAGACAAAAGUCAGUGGAUAAAGAGCAGUCACCUAUGAGCGAUGAAGAAAUAGCACAAAACCCUAAUGACACUGAGGAAGCACCUAAUGGUGCAGUAAGUUCUCGUGAACAAUCCGAAGAAAAGGAAGUUGUAGAAGAACAAACAGCAUACCAGAGAACAUGGCCCAACGUUAUUCCGGAAAGAUGGCACACAUAUUUGAUGGCCGGCCUCACAGCCGUCUACACUCUUCACUACACGACAGACCACGAUCUGCCCGCAGUGAGAAGAGUACUAAGCGACCUUUUCACUUUUACAUUGCAAAAAUUAGAAUAA